AUGUUUCUUCCACCUCCUUCAAAUCUUCCUAAAACCAAGAAGAAUGUCAAGACAACAGGCCCCAAAGGGCGUGGUUCUGCAAAGCCCCUACUGAGGCCUGAUCGGCGUCUGCUCGCCCGGGACUGGAACCCCACUCCGGUGGAUCGGGAGCCGCGGGGAUCAGCUCCCGGGGGGCUGCCUGCCCCCACAGAGCCCUGCCGGCCCCCACCCCGCGACGGCCAACCCGCCGUUUCCCGGAGGAGGACUCCCCCGCUUCCUCUAAGACCCUUUCGCUUCCUCCAGUUCCUCGCAGGCCCUUUCCGUCCGCCAGCCUCCGUUUACCUCGUAUCGGCUCUGGGGUCAGAAGAGGAGACUGGAAAAGGCACAAACACACGCCCCCUGGAGGAGCGAGCCGCAAGGCCCUCGUACCUGCCCAGCCGCCGAGCCUGCCGCUCGCUGGCUGCCUCUCCAGGCGGGGAGGCCCCGUCUCGGGAUCCCAGCGUCGCAGUCGUUCCCUUCAUGGGCUUUCAGGCUUCACGUGAGCGUUUCGGUUUCCAGGCUGGGUGUGGAAACCGUCGGCCGGCGUCCGGGCUGACUUCAAAACCAGGACGGCCUCAGGCUGGAGUCAGACAGCGCCGACGUCAGAGCGAGCCGACGUCAGGUGGGUCCGACGUCAGACUGCGUUCGACGUCAAACCGGGGUCCACGUCAGACCGGGUCCCACCUCCAACUGGGUCCCACCUCACCCUGGGUCCUACGUCAGACGGGCCCCCAGCUCAGAGCUGGUCCCACUUCAGCCCCGGUCCUACCUCCGCCUGGGUCCCACCUCAGACUGAUUCCCACCUCAGACCGGGUCCUACCUCCAACGAGGUCCCACCGCCAACUGGGUCCUACAUCACACUGGGUCUCACCUCACGCUUGGGUCCCACCUCACGCUGGGUCCCGCCUCAGACUAGAUCCAGCCUCAGACUGGGUUCCAUACCCCCCUGGGUCCCACAUCAGACAGGUCCGACUUCACAUGGGGUCCCAAGUAGAAACCAUAGGGGUCACACUGUGUCCAACAUAGAAACCGGACCGAAUUUAAGUGGGAGUAGGAUCCAGGGUCAGACUGGAGCCAGUGAGAGGCCUCAGUUUCUGGCGACAGGAUGAAAUCUUCUGGAACAGUCCAUCGAGUCCAGAGCCUGCAGCCUGGGAUCCUGGGAAAGCACAGAAGCCGGCAGAGGGUGAAAUUGUUGCCAAAGUCAGCGCUCCCAGAUCUCUAUGGUGCCUGGUGG